AUGAAGAAAAAGGAAAGAACUGACCUGUUGCUUUGCUUAUCUGAUGACACUACCAAACUCCCAACUCCGGACUUACCUAUCUGCAAUUUAUAUGAAAGAACCACCAAAUUCCCAACUCCGGACUUACCUAUCUGCAAUUUAUAUGAAAGGACCACCAAAUUCCCAACUCCGGACUUACCUAUCUGCAAUUUAUAUGAAAGGACCACCAAAUUCCCAACUCCGGACUUACCUAUCUGCAAUUUAUAUGAAAGGACCACCAAAUUCCCAACUCCGGACUUACCUAUCUGCAAUUUAUAUGAAAGGACCACCAAAUUCCCAACUCCGGACUUACCUAUCUGCAAUUUAUAUGAAAGGACCACCAAAUUCCCAACUCCGGACUUACCUAUCUGCAAUUUAUAUGAAAGGACCACCAAAUUCCCAACUCCGGACUUACCUAUCUGCAAUUUAUAUGAAAGGACCACCAAAUUCCCAACAACGAACUUAUCUAUCUCCAUUUUAUCCAAACAGUUAUUACUAUUCGCUAUGA